CUCAGCCCGACUGUUCCCGGCGAGCCGGCGCACUGGCUGCUGGGGCUUGUGGUUUUUGCUCCUGCGCCUCCCCGCGGGUUUGCGACGUUUAGCGACCAUCGCGCCUGCGCCAGCGCCGGCUGAGAGGCUGGGGCCGUGGCGGCUCGUGCCGGGUGAUGCUAGGCGGCUCCCUGGGCUCCAGGCUGUUGCGAGGUGUGGGUGGGACUCGCGGGCAGUUCGGGGCGCGGGGUGUCCGCGAAGGUGGCGCAGCCAUGGCGGCGGGGGAGAGCAUGGCUCAGCGCAUGGUCUGGGUGGACCUGGAGAUGACAGGAUUGGACAUUGAGAAGGACCAGAUUAUUGAGAUGGCCUGUCUGAUAACUGACUCUGAUCUCAACAUUUUGGCUGAAGGUCCUAACCUGAUUAUAAAACAGCCAGAUGAGUUACUGGACAGCAUGUCAGAUUGGUGCAAGGAGCAUCACGGGAAGUCUGGUCUAACCAAAGCGGUGAAGGAGAGUACAAUGACAUUGCAGCAGGCAGAGUAUGAAUUUCUGUCCUUUGUACGACAGCAGACUCCUCCGGGGCUCUGUCCGCUUGCAGGAAAUUCAGUUCAUGCAGAUAAGAAGUUUCUUGACAAAUACAUGCCCCAGUUCAUGAAACAUCUUCAUUAUAGAAUAAUUGAUGUGAGCACUGUUAAAGAACUGUGCAGACGCUGGUAUCCAGAAGAAUACGAAUUUGCACCAAAGAAGGCUGCCUCUCACAGGGCGCUUGAUGACAUUAGUGAAAGCAUCAAAGAACUUCAGUUUUAUCGGAAUAACAUCUUCAAGAAAAAAACAGACGAAAAGAAGAGGAAAAUUAUAGAAAAUGGGGAAAAUGAGAAGACUGUGAGUUGAUGCCAGUUUCCAUGCUGCCACCACGUAGUUCUCUGGAAGCAACUCCUGGUGGUGUGUUUUUCUUUUUUUUUUUCUUUUUUUUUUUUUGGUUCACGCUGAUUGCUUGGCAGAGCACUUUCCUUCAGUUAACUUGCAUCUCCAGAUUAUUCAAGCAGACAGCAGCUGAAAAUUAUUUUUCUCCUAACAUGCUGUUUUCAUUUAUGACACAGCAGCUCCUUUGUAAGUACCAGGUCACGUCCAUCCCUUGGUACAUAUCUGUAUUUGCUUUUAGACCAUUUCUUUUUGUUUAAAAAAAAAUUAAUAAUAAAGCUAGUUCUAUUGAAAUGCAA